AAAUUAUCUUUUUCUGGGUUUUUUUCCGGCUUUAAACGACCAAAAAAUGGCCACUAAUAAGACAGAUGAGCGUAAUCAAGAAGCUACAAUAUAUGUUGGUAAUUUGGACGAGAGAACCACAGAUGCGAUUUUAUGGGAGCUUUUUCUCCAAUGCGGACCAGUUGUUAAUGUCCAUUUACCAAAAGAUAGGGUUAGUCAGACGCAUCAAGGUUUUGGAUUUUGUGAGUUUUUAACGAUAGAAGAUGCGGAAUAUGCAUGCCGUAUUAUGAAUCAAAUUAAGCUUUAUGGAAAACCUAUACGUGUAAAUAAAGCAAGUGCAGAUAAAAAAAAUACUAUUGAAAUAGGAGCAGAAUUAUUUGUUGGAAAUCUGGAUCCUUUAGUCAAUGAAAAGGUCCUUUAUGAUACUUUUAGUAUCUUUGGAAUGUUAGUAGCACCACCGAAGAUUGCACGUGAUGAUAGUGGACAAUCUAAAUGUUUUGGCUUUAUUUCUUUUGAUUCAUUUGAAGCAGCGGAUGCAGCUAUAGAAGGAAUGAAUAAUCAAUUUCUUAUGAACAAGUCUAUUACUGUUGGUUAUGCUUUUAAGAAGGAUGGAAAAGGUGAACGUCAUGGUGACCAAGCAGAACGAUUACUUGCAUCUCAAGCUCGCAAAAAUAAUGUUAAUUUACAACCUACACCAAUGCCAGCACUUCCUUCUGGGUUUACAGGUCAAGCUCCUAUUGGAUAUACUGGACAAGUUCCUCAAAAUCCAGCAGGAUUUCCACAAAACCCAGCGGGAUUUCCUCAACAACCUAUGGGUUAUCUUUAUCAAAAUUAUCCAGGGAAUGUUUCACAAGGAUAUGUACAACAACCUCCAGCGACAGGUGUUCUUCCUAUGAUGAAUUCAUAUCCUGUUGUUCCACCGCCUCCUCCACUUUCAAAUUUUGGGAGGUAAUAUUUUGAUAUUUAUGUUUUUCCUGUGAAUGCAUGUCAGAUAGAG